AUGGACCGUGAAGUUGGCUCUUUCUCGAAAUUUAAUAUUGAUAUUGGCAAACAACAACUGUUUCUGAAUUCAUUAUCAAGGACACAAUAUAUUGUUGAACAGUCACAUAAGGCUAUUCAAGAUAAUUCUAAAUUGCUUGAUAAUUAUUGUACUGAUGGUGAUUUGGAUGGUAUUUUAUCAAUGUAUGAUAAUGACAUUGAAUUGAUUGAACCGCAAACACCAAUAUGUCGCGGACUUGGUGCAUUGCAAGUAUAUUAUGAAACGAUGAAAAAACUACGUUUAUUACCGCAAAAACGUUGUAUUACCGAAUUGCAUGCAUUAAGUCCAUUUAUUGUUUUGGAACGUGGCAAAUAUAAAAUGCAAAAGAGUAAGAAAAAUUUCACCGAAGGAAGAUAUUUUGCAUUAUGGAUUAAUAGAACUGAAUGGAAAAUUUUGCAAGAAUGUCGAAUUUUAUCCACGUGA